AGGAGGUUUAGCUUGGACAUUAGGAGGAAUUUCCUCAUAGAAAGGGUGAUUAGACAUUAGAAUGGGCUGCUCAAGGAGAUAGUGGAGUCAUUGUCCCUCCAUGUGUUUAAGGAAAGACUGGACAUGGUCUGGUUGACCAUGGCACUGGUGUUCUUUCACAGGUCCAUAGUUUGUUCAUGGUGCUGUUGGGCCGUGAGUUGGACUCAACGAUCUCAGAGGUCUUUUCCAACCUAGUCGAUUCUGUGAUUCUUACUUUUUUAGUUUAUGAAUUUCCUGAGCAGAAUCACACUUUGAAAAGUGGUACUGCCACUGUCCUCGUCAUUUAUCCUCAACUUGGGCAGGGGACUCAAUGAAGUUUCAGAAGGGAAACACGAUGGAUAUGGCCAGCUCAGGAAGUGAACUGGAAUGAGAGAUCUUUCUUUCAAAUGAAAUACUUUUCUUAUGAACUUCCUAAAAUACAGAGUGUCACAGAAAUUCUUCUAAAUUGUCGUUUCCCACAGAAAACCAAGGAGCAGUAGAGCCCUAUAGUCAUCUGUUUCAGAACAGGAAUACUUCAGCUCAGUGAAAGUUGCAGAGGUGCCAGUGUGACCCUAGAAAUGGAAAGAAUUAUUCUGGAAUAUGUAGAAGAUGGUGAGUCAAAGACCAGACCUAUAGAUCUUCUUGAUCUUAAACCCGACACAGAUGUCACAGCCUUAGUAGAAGAAAUUCAAAAAGGGGAACCUCUCAUCACAGCUGCCUGCGUGGAACAUGUCAUACUUUUAGUACAAAGAUUGCAGCAGAAGCUGGGGGAAAAAGAGAAUCACAAAUUCUCUCUUUUUAAGGUGCUUAGAACCCAUAUAUUGCCACUGACUAAUGUAGCAUUCAACAAAUCUGGUUCCCGCUUUAUCACUGGAAGCUAUGACAGAACCUGCAAACUAUGGGAUACAGCAUCAGGAGAAGAGCUGCAUACACUGGAGGGACACAAAAAUGUUGUCUAUGCAAUAGCUUUCAAUAAUCCCUAUGGUGACAAGAUUGCCACUGGAUCUUUUGAUAAAACCUGCAAACUGUGGAGCACGGAAACAGGAAAAUGUUAUCAUACUUUCAGAGGACAUAGUGCAGAAAUAGUAUGUUUAUCUUUUAAUCUUCAAAGCACAUUGGUGGCAACUGGAAGUAUGGAUACCACUGCCAAAUUAUGGGACAUAGAGAAAGGAGAAGAAGUAGCAACUUUAAGAGGGCACUCAGCAGAAAUUAUUGCACUCUCUUUCAACACCACUGGAGAUAAGAUUAUCACUGGCUCCUUUGACCAUACAGUAGCAGUAUGGGAUGUUGGCACUGGCAGGAGGUUACAUACUUUAAUAGGUCACCGAGGAGAGAUUAGCAGUGCCCAGUUCAACUGGGACUGUUCUCUCAUUGUCACUGGAUCAAUGGACAAAACAUGCAUGCUGUGGAAUGCUGUGACUGGGGCACAUCUGGCAACUCUGGCAGGUCACAGGGAUGAGGUCCUGGAUGUGUGCUUUGAUUACACUGGCCAGCGCAUUGCAACCGCCUCUGCCGACGGAUCAGCAAGAGUCUAUGAUGCACAAACACAAAAGUGCAUUGCAAAGCUAGAAGGUCAUGAAGGUGAAAUUUCCAAGGUAUGUUUCAACCCUAAAGGCAACUUUAUACUGACAGCCAGUUCUGACAAAACAGCUCGACUCUGGGAUGCUGCUACUGGACACUGCCUUCAGAUAUUAGAGGGUCAUACUGAUGAGAUAUUCUCCUGUGCUUUCAACUAUGAAGGGGAUACAAUUAUUACAGGGAGCAAGGAUAACUCCUGUUGCAUAUGGCACUGACUGAAGAGAAGGAACGAUACAGUUCGGUACCUGACUACUCUGUAGUUCCAGAGACAAUAAACUCAGCCUUGGAGAUCUGUUUUCUUUUACUCUCUUUGUUCACCUUCUGCUGAAGUAGAACAGUUACCAAGAUUUGAUAGGUUUCACUUAGAAGUCUGUUAGAUAUGGAAUUGUGGAAUCAGAGAAGUUGGAAGGGACCGCUGGAGAUCUAGUACAACACUCCUGCCCUACUCAGCGCCCUGUCAACCAAGCAGGCUGCCCAGGACUGACAUGGUGUUGAAAUCUCCAAGGAUGGAGGCUCCACAGUUUCUCUAGACAACAGUGGAAUAGUUUCUUGUGUUUCAGUUUGUGCAUGUUGCCCCUUCACUGAGCACCAGAAGAGUCUGGUCUGUUAUCUCAGUCACCUGAGAGAAAUCAUGAUUAGUGUGAAUGAAUGCAGUAGGAUGGCUCCAUUUCUUUAGGUGUCAUUUUUAACUUGUAAACUUUUUAAUAAAAAAGAAAUACAGCAUUAUAAUACUCA